AUGUCAGACCAUCGACACAGACCAACUCUCAAGCAAGCCAACAAAGGCUUCAAGUCAAAACAUGCCUCAAAAGGCUCCAUCAAAGCGGCAUCGAAAGGUAAACCCGCCAGUUCUGCCCACCCACUCAAUUCGAGCAAACAUGCCACCACAUCCUCGAAACAGGCGAGGCUCAACAGCAAUGCUCAAAAGCGAUCUUCCAAGCACAAAGCGACUGCACAGGACCUCAAAUUUUUCUCCACUGCAAGCAACGGCGGCCAUGCUCCCCGUGUCGUAACUGUUGUGCCUUUUCUUCCAUCUUUGUCUCCCAAGUGUUUUCUGGAAAAGCUGUUGCCAUGUCUGGGUCUCUCUGAGGACGAAGUCCAGCACACACGCACCCGUAUCCCAGAACAGGGCACUUUCGUCGUGCGAGCGCCCCGUUUCAAGACGACACUGCAAGUCAAUCUUCUGCCUCCAUUGUCUCUCUACCCUACAUUGGAUUCCGCGCUUGUCAGCGACUAUGUGGUACUUUUGUUGAGCAGUGUCGACGAGGUGCAAGUGGAAGGCGAAACUGUUCUGCGAUGUCUUCAGGGCCAGAUUGGUACUCGAGAAGUCAUUUCGUGUGUCCAGGCGCCUGCAAGCAACCCCAUCACCCGCGAUGCUAAACAGCUCAUCCAUAAGUCUCUUCUGUCCUUUUCUCAAUAUUUCUUUCCAACGGUCGCAAAGAUUCACAGCUCCGAUACCUCGGAAGAAUCGGCUCUUCUUGCCCGAGCACUCUGCGAAUCCGCACCCAAAGGAGCUACUCGAGUCGAUGGGCGUCCUUAUCUAAUUGCUGAAUCCGCACAAGCGAUCGGGUGGGUGCCCAAUGAUGAUAUCUCGGAGGAUGGCGAAAGUGUGGGGCAACUUUCAGUCUUUGGAACCGUUAGAGGGGGGGGGACUUUGAGCGCUGACCGCCUCGUUCAUAUCCCGGGACACGGUGACUAUCAACUCCUAUCUAUCCAUGAUGCCCCAUUACCGAGCCGCGCCUCGCAUGAUGAUCGCUUUACUAUCUCUCAAAAUGUUCUUUCUUCACCUUCUGCGGAUGCCGAUGAUCUAGUCAGCACCAAUACCCCGGAUAUCUCGGGCAAUGAACAAACUUGGCCUACCGAGGAAGAAAUGGCUGGCUCUGCCGAUUACGACAUGAAUGCACCUUCUAGUGCGCCCAUCGCCGUGAAGAGGGUACCAAAAGGCACUAGUUCCUAUCAAGCUGCUUGGAUCGUCGACGACGGAGAGGGCAUGGCAGAAGGAUCCGAAGAAGAAAUGGAGGACUUGGAAGCAUCAGAGGACAAGCGUGAGCCACAUCGAGAUCUUGACCCGGAACAAGAAGAACAGGAGUACAACCUGUUCAUCCAACGCAAAGCCGAUGCCGACCAAGACUAUUCUUCAUUUCCGGAUGAGGUAGACACUCCUCGCCACAUUACCGCGCGCUCUCGGUUCCAGCGUUACAGAGGCCUCAAGAGCUUUAGAACCAGUCCCUGGGAUCCGUACGAGGACCUGCCCCUGGAUUAUGGAAGGAUAUUCCAAUUUGAGGACUAUAGUGCAACAAGAAAGCAAGCCUUAGAUGAAUGCGCCCAUGACGGGGUCGAGACUGGCACUCGAGUGCUGUUGACCAUCAAAGAUGUUCCUCGAACUAUAAUCGAGUCUACUUUGCCUCUGGUCGUUCACGGCCUUUUGCGACAUGAGCAUAAACAGUCUGUGCUCCAUUUCGUAGUCCAAAGAAAUACCGAGUACACCGAUCCGGUUCAAGCAAAAGAUGAUUUUCAACUUUGUCUGGGACCAAGAAGAUAUCUGGUCAAUCCAUUGUUCUCACAGCAUAGCGGAAGCAAGGGCGUCAACAAUGUCCACAAAUCGGAGAAGUUCAUGAAGCCUGGUAUAGCCACGGUCAUGAGCAUAUUCGGUCCUAUCUGGUUUGGACAGAGCGGAUGCCUGUUACUCAAAGAUGAUGGGUCGACCGACGUACCGAACCUUGUUGCCACAGGGACUUUCAUGUCGUCUGAUCCCACGCGUGUCAUCGCCAAGCGCGUGAUCCUCACCGGACAUCCGGUCAAGGUUCACAAGAAAACGGCAACCAUACGAUAUAUGUUCUUCAACCAGGAAGAUGUGGAGUAUUACAAAUCAGUCGAGCUUCAUACUAAAUAUGGCAGAACUGGGCAUAUCAAAGAGUCUCUGGGAACUCAUGGGUAUUACAAAGCUCACUUUGAUGGGCCCAUUCAGCAAAUGGAUACCAUUUGCAUGAGUCUAUAUAAACGGCAAUUUCCGAAGUGGUCUAAUAUGCUGAAAACCCCUAUAUGA